ACAGAUGGCCCUUGGGCGGUGCUGCGCGCCGCAGUGUACGCAGUCCUGCGGCUGGACGGCCGGGAAAGCGCUGGCUCCACACCAGAAGUGCUUAAGAAUGCGCAUCAGUGUCGUCCUCGUGGUGCUGGUGUCGACUGCCGCGGCGGCGGCGCGUCCCCCGGCCGUCCCAAACCCGGAAGACUGCGCUCUCGAGCUGCCGAAGGAGGCCAACGACGUCAUCCGGGGCGGCCCGCGAUGCAUCCCCUUCGGCGCCGUCAACGACGCGUUCCACGAGGCGCGCGCGCGGACGGGGCCCCACCGGCCGCUGUCCGCGUCCGGGAGCGUCCCCGGCCCCGCGCCCGACCACUACGUCGGCCAGCUCGGGGCCGCCGUCGAGGAGACGGCCCGGAUCCUCAAGGAGCGGUUCGCGCUGUCGCGCGCUGACGUGGUGCUCGGGCUGGCCGACGUGGACACCCGCUGGACGGACAUCGGCCGCUACUGCCCGUCGUCGCUGGCGUCGCGGCGGCCGCGGGGCUGCGAGGAGACGCGCUUCCGGCGCCACGACGGCGUCUGCAACAACCUGCAGCACCCCACCUGGGGCAUGGCCGGCGCCGCCUUCAGGCGUCUGCUGCCGCCCGACUACGCCGACGGCGUCGGCGCGCCCAGAGUGGCGCUGUCCGGACGGCAGCUCCCCAACCCCCGCAUCGUGUCCACGUCGCUGCACCGCGAGGUCGACAAGGCGGCCGGCCACACCGACGACGAGCACCACCUGCACCCGCGGGUCACCUUCAUGUUCGUCACCUGGGGGCAGCUGCUGGACCACGACAUCACCCUCACCGCCGAGACCAAAGACCCGUGGACGCGCGGCGACCCGCCGUGCUGUCCACCCGAGGACGGUCACGGCCACGGCCACGGCCACGGCCACGACGGCGAGGCUCCGCUGCACCCCAACUGCCUGGGGCUGCUGCUGCCGCGCGGCGACCACAUGGGGCGCUGCAUGGAGCUGGCGCGGUCGCUGGCGGGGCUGCGCGCCGACUGCGCGCUGGGGCCGCGGACGCAGUUCAACCUGGUGACGUCGUUCGUGGACGCGGGCACCGUGUACGGCUCCAGCUUCAGGACCUCCGACGGGCUGCGCCAGCUGCGCGGCGGCCUGCUGCUCAAACUAGACCCAAAGCGGCUGCCUUGGCCGGGAGUUGAACCCGUGACCUCGUUUCCAGGGGACAACCGCGCUAACGAGCAGCUCGGGCUGGCGGCCCUGCACGUCCUGCUGGUGCGCGAACACAACCGCCUGGCGCGGGCCAUGGCGGCGGUCAACCCGCACUGGGACGACGAGCAGCUGUUCCAGGAAGUGCGGCACAUCGUGGCCGCCAUCAUGCAGCACGUGUCGUACAAGGAGUUCCUGCCGCUGCUGCUGGGCGCCAAGGCCGUGCGCGAGCAGGGGCUGGCGCUGCUGGGGGCGGGCUACAGCUCGGCCUACAACGCGACGCUGGACGCCACGGUGCCCGACGCCUUCGCGACGGCGGCCUUCCGCUUCGGCCACUCGCUGCUGCCGGCGCGCCUGGAGCGCCGCGACGCGCAGCACCGCCUGCUGGCCGACAUGCCGCUGUCCGACGCGCUGCAGAGGCCCUUCCAGCUGCGGCGCCCCGGCUGGCUGGACCAGCUGCUGCUGGGCAUGGCGGGGCAGCCCGCCAGCCGCAUGGACAACGAGGUCACCGCGCAGGUGGUGGACCAUCUGUUCAAGCGGCCCGCCCGGGCCUUCGGCAAGGACUUGGCCUCCAUCAACCUGGCCAGGGCCCGCGAGCACGGCGUGCCGUCCUUCAACCACUACCGCCAGCUGUGCGGGCUGCCCCCCGCCCGGACGUGGCGCGACAUGGCGGUCGCCGUCGGCAACCUCACGGCCACCAGGCUGGCCGAGCUCUACGAGCACCCGGACGACGUGGACCUCUGGACGGCGGGCAUCUCCGAGCGCACCCGAGCGUCGUCGGGGGCCAUCGUGGGGCCCACCUUCGCCUGCAUCAUCGGCAGGACGUUCCGGAACCUCAAGCUGGGCGACCGGUACUGGUACGAGAACGGGCGGCAGGCGGGCUCCUUCACGCCGAGGCAGCUGGCCGAGGUGCGGAGGACCAGCCUGGCCAGGCUCAUCUGCGACGCCGGGGUCCACGUCCACAGCGUGCAGGCCAGGCCCAUGGAGAGGAAGCACGCCCAGCGAAAUCCUUACAUUUUGUGCGCGGAUUGGAAGCAGCUGCCACAGAUGAGUCUCAAGCCAUGGAAGGAAAAAGUGGUAGACUGAUAUAAAAGCUAUGAGAAAAUCGAAUAAGGUUGCAUUUCAACUAGUCUUUGCAGUAAAACGGGUAU